GUGACGUCAUUAGGCGGCGCCGCGCUCCCGCAUUUGUUGUGAUUCGGCUGAAGAAAGGACAAACACAGAAAAACUGUUGAACCGACUGAGAUCCACAUGACACUAUUACAAAGAUGGCAUUUAUUAAAGAAGAGAGUGAAGACAUGAAGAUUGAAGAAACAUUCAGUGUGAAACAAGAAGAAACUGAGACACAAACACAGAUGGCGUUUAUUAAAGAGGAGACCGAAGACAUGAAGAUUGAAGAAACAUUCAGUGUGAAACAAGAAGAAACUGAGGAACAAACCAAGAUGGCAUUUGUUAAAGAGGACAGUGAAGACAUGAGAAUUGAAGAAACAUUUAGUGUGAAACAAGAAGAAACUGAGGAACAAACAAAGAUGGCUUUUACUAAAGAGGAGACCAAAGACAUGAGGAUUGAAGAAACAUUCAGUGUGAAACAAGAAGAAACUGAGGAACAAACAGAUUUCUGCUCAAGAAGCUGCGCGACCUCACCGUCAGUAAUAAUCAACAACACUAACAACUUGAUGCCGUUGAAAGAGGAGAGUCAAGAUCUGAAUGAAAGGGAAAAGAAAGAUCAGGACAAGACACAUCAUAAUUUCAGAACUGAAGAAAACUCUUUGAAUUGUUCACAGACUGAAACAACUUCCUCACAAAAAACAGCUCGAAAGACAGGGAGAAUAGGUCAUUUCAUCUGCCAUCUGUGUGGACUGAGUUUCAUAAAGCUGGGAUGUUUUGAAGUCCACAUGAGACUUCACACUGAAAGGAAGCCUUUCCAAUGCCAGGAGUGUGGAGUCAAUUUCAUUCAACAACAAAACCUGAAAGUCCACAUGAGAAUUCACACUGGAGAGAAGCCUUUCACCUGCUCUCAGUGUGGAAAGGGUUUCAGUCAAAAAGGAAACCUUAAACGCCACAUGAUGGUUCACACUGGAGAGACCCCGUACAGCUGCCAACAGUGUGGGACACGUUUCACUAAUAAAGACAAUCUUUUAAAACACAUGAUCAUUCACCAAAGAAAGGACUCUUUAACAUGCCAAUGGUGUGGAAAUACUUUUAAACAAUAUGGAAACCUUAAAGUCCACUUGAAAAUUCAUUCUGGCGAAAAGUAGAAUAAAGUCAAAUAAACAUUUUUACGUUA